GUACGGAGUCCCAGAAGGGCCGGGCCCAUAGCUCCGCCUCUGGCCCUGCAAACGGCAGGAGAGCUAGGAUAGUCGCUCGCAGAUGGACCUGGCAGUCGGCAAGCUAGGAGCAUGGAGGCGCCCUGUGGAACCGUCAACGCUGAGCGGGGCUGGUUUGUUUCUGCUCAGCAGCCAGAAGAGGCGGAAGCGGAAGAGUCGAGCCCGUUGCUAAGCAACGAACUUCACAGACAGGGAUCUUCAGGUGUUUCAUUUGGUUUCUCAGUGUUUAAUUUGAUGAACGCCAUCAUGGGAAGUGGCAUUCUUGGCUUAGCUUUUGUUAUGGCUAAUACCGGUAUCCUUGGAUUUAGUUUCUUGCUGCUGAUUGUUGCUCUCUUGGCUUCUUAUUCAGUCCAUCUCCUGCUUAGUAUGUGUAUUCAGACGGCUGUGACAUCUUAUGAAGACCUUGGACUCUUUGCAUUUGGAUUACCUGGAAAGAUGGUGGUGGCAGGCACGAUAAUAAUUCAGAAUAUUGGAGCUAUGUCAUCUUAUCUUCUAAUUAUUAAAACAGAGCUUCCUGCUGCUAUUUCAGAAUUUUUAGCUGGAGACUACAGUGGGUCUUGGUAUCUUGAUGGACAAACACUACUGAUAAUUAUUUGCAUUGCCAUUGUGUUCCCUCUUGCACUUCUUCCCAAAAUAGGCUUCCUUGGCUACACAAGUAGUUUAUCAUUUUUCUUUAUGGUGUUCUUUGCUCUUGUGGUAAUAAUUAAAAAAUGGUCCAUUCCUUGUCCUCUGCCAUUAAAUCACAUAGAGGAAUAUUUCCAGAUUUCAAAUGCUACAGUUGAUUGUAAACCAAAGCUCUUUCAUUUCUCCAAAGAGAGUGCUUAUGCCAUACCAACCAUGGCGUUUUCAUUUCUCUGCCAUACCUCCAUAUUGCCCAUAUACUGUGAACUUCAAAGCCCUUCGAAGAAAAGAAUGCAGAAUGUAACCAAUACUGCAGUUGCUUUAAGUUUUCUCCUUUAUUUUAUAUCUGCACUCUUUGGGUACCUCACUUUUUAUGACAAAGUGGAAUCAGAAUUACUACAAGGUUAUAGUAAAUACUUGCCACAUGAUGUUAUUGUCAUAACUGUGAAGUUAUGCAUACUAUUUGCUGUGCUUUUGACAGUCCCUCUAAUCCACUUCCCUGCAAGGAAAGCUUUAAUGAUGAUAUUUUUCUCCAAUUUUCCAUUUUCAUGGAUUCACCAUUCUUUGGUCACUCUAGCACUCAAUAUUAUCAUUGUUUUGCUUGCAAUAUAUGUUCCUGACAUUAGAAAUGUAUUUGGUGUAGUUGGUGCCAGCACAUCAACAUGUUUGAUUUUUGUAUUUCCCGGACUGUUUUAUCUUAAGCUUAGCAGAGAGGAUUUUCUCUCAUGGAAAAAGCUUGGGGCUUGUGUUUUGCUUAUCUUUGGAAUUUUGGUUGGAAGUUUUAGUUUAGCACUCAUCAUUUUUGAUUGGAUUAAUAAAUGAAAGAAGUAUUUUCUACUUUUUAUGAAGAAUAAUUUACUUUCAUAUGCAAGAAUGAUUCUGGAAGGUGCUGCGGAUGAAUCCUCUUUAUAUGGACUAACAUUUUUAUAAAAAUUAAUAGAAAAACAGAAGAAAAUA